GGGUGCCAUUUUGGGUGUGGCAGAGCGGGUUAGGCGCUGGGCUGCUGCCGGCGGGUCUGUGAGGAGGGAGAGUUGCGGGCGGAGGGCUCGUCGUUUUGGUUGUUUGCUGAAGUUUCGUUUAAAACUACGCAGGGCACCGGGGAGGGCUGGGGAAGGGGCGCUUUAGUCACGCUCAAGAUGGAGGGGUAGUGCCCGGGCACUGCUGAGGGAGACAUCUUCAGUCAGAGAGCAAAGUCCAGGCUGCUCUGCCAGCCCAGCCUGCCCAGUCCCUGCACGCUGCUGGUGUGGGAGCCCACACUGCUUGUGCCCUCGGCACCCUUGGCUCUUGGGGCAGGUGCCCCUUCAAGAGGCAGCAAGGAGCAGUGUGGGGCUCAUUGUGGUGGGUAUCAGUCCAGCCACCGCAUAGAGAGACCUGUGCGUGGUGGGGAAGGUGAAAGCCAUCCUCUCUACCUGUGGCUAUGGCAGGCAGCAAGGUGGCAGGUAGGCCCGUUCCUGCCUGCGUGCUGGGCAUAGACCUGGGCACGACAUCGGUUAAGGUAGCCCUCUUGGUAGAGGCAGAGCAAGGGCAGGUGGUGGCAGAGAGCUGCUCCAGGGAGACGCAGGCACACACCAGUAGCCUGGAAGCUGGACCGCAGGGAAUGGAGCAGAAUGUCCGGAGAAUAAUAAGAGCAUUGAAUGAAUGCCUUGCUACUCUACCCCAGCAGCAGCUUCAAAGAGUGACUCACAUUGGCAUUUCAGGACAAAUGCAUGGGAUUGUAUUUUGGAAAAAAGAUAAAGGUUGCAAGUGGACAGAGUGUGGUACAGGCCCUGCCUUUGAGCCGGAGGAGGUCAGUCAUCUGAUUACUUGGCAAGAUGGCCGCUGCAGUCCCACCUUCCUCUCUUCUCUUCCUCUGCCUCAGUCACAUAUCAGCUUGGCUACAGGAUUUGGGUGUGCCACAGUCUACUGGUAUUUAAAGAAGAGUCCAGAUUUUCUGAAGUCUUAUGAUGCAGCUGGCACUAUCCAUGACUAUGUGGUUGCCAUGUUGUGUGAUCUGAAGAAGCCACUCAUGUCCAUCCAGAAUGCUGCCAGCUGGGGAUAUUUUGAUUCCAGAAACAAAAGUUGGAACACUAACAUAUUGAAAACAUCUGGCUUUCCUGUUCACUUGCUUCCAGAGGUGGGAGACCCUGACAGUAUUGCUGGCAGGACAAUCUCUGCAUGGCAUGGAAUACCCAAAGGAGCAAAAGUAGGAAUUGCUCUGGGAGAUUUCCAGUGCUCUGUUUAUUCCUGUCUGACUGAGAGGACUGAUGCAGUUCUUAAUAUCAGUACCUCUGCUCAGUUGACUAUUUCAAUGCCCCCGGGUUUCCAGCCUCCAGAGACACCAGAUCCUUCCUCAGCGGUUACUUACUUUCCCUACUUCAAUGGUGACUACUUGGCUGUGGCAGCAUCACUUAACGGAGGCAAUGUGCUAGCAACGUUUGUGGACAUGGUGGCACGGUGGACAGAAGAGCUAGGACUUCAGGUUCAGCGGUCUGCCAUGUAUACAAAGAUAAUCAAAGCAGCCUUGGCCCAAAACGACAGCAAGCUCUCAGUCCACCCAACCAUAUUUGGAGAGAGACACAUUCCUGAGCAGUUCGCGUCAGUGACCAAUAUUGCUGUCUCUGACCUCUCCCUGGGUCACGUAACCAGAGCUCUGUGCCGCGGCAUCGUUGAAAACCUCUGUUCCAUGUUACCUGUGCAGCGCCUGAUGGAGACGGGAGUGAGGAGGAUUCUGGGGAGUGGGAGUGCCCUUGCCAGGAACGAGGUGCUGAGGCAGGAAGUGGAAAGGAUUUUUCCAUUCCCUGUGGUUUAUGGGAAGGACGUUGAUGCUGCCGUGGGGGCUGCCAUGGCGAUGUUUCACAGAAAAUAAAGUCAUUGUUUGGAAUGGCC